GAAUAUUGAAGGCAACCAGUCAUUCAGCAGUCUGUCUUACUUACUACAAGUUCCAUCCACAAGACAAUACACGGAACAAUCAAUCAAUCAUGAUGCCUUCCAUCGCACCUUGCGCGUCGGCGAUGCUGCUCUUGGCCAGCGGCAUUCAUGCCCACUUCACUGUCCAGCAUCCCCCUGCUGUUGGCCCUUUUAUCGACGACGACGAGCCUAAGGAGCCAUGCGGUGGCUACCAUCCCGAUAUCAACAACGUGACCAUCACUGACUUCCACGUCGAUGGUGAUGCCAUUGGCACCAAGCUCACCCACUCUCAGAGCACCUGGCUGUACCGUGCCACCGUUGAUCCCUCUGCUGCGAACGGCUGGGUCAUGGUCUACCCUAUCUUCGACCAGAGUGGCUCUGGUGGCUACUGUCAGCCUCAUGUGACCGUCCCUCACGACUUCAUCGGUAAGAAGGGAUACAUUGGCAUGGUUUCACAUGCUAAGGACGGUUUCCUCUAUCAGUGUGCUGGUGUUAACUUCGUCGCGGGAACCGGCAACAUGCCGGAAGACUGCCAGAACGCAACUGGCGUCUCUGCGACCUACACCGAUGAUGCCACCCUGAGCUCUGACCCCAACGACCCCGGCACCCCUUCCGCAACCCCUACUUCGGAUUCUCAGCAUGAGCACAACGCCGGUGUUUCGACUAGAAGCCAGUCCCUCCAGGCCCUUGGUGGUCUUCUCACGGUCGGCACUAUGAUGGCUCUGGGUGCAAUGCUCGUGAUCUAAGAUCUCGAAUUGCAAGAGUGAUUCAAUCGACGUUCGACGAGAAUGGCAUGUUUUCUUCUACACGAUGGACUGAUCUGCGCAACACACGACAAGUUCUUUCGAUAUGACCCAAGACUGAAGAUUUCAGUGCCGAGUACCUCGAACAGCACUGGAUAAGGUCAUUAGUUGCCAGUUUUUCAUUCCCGAAAUCCUAUUGAAUAGGUACUUAGAUACCCCCAGAUAUGCAUUGCGAGUUGCUUUAUCGCAAUACUUCUAUGCCCACAAUACAGAAAUUUCCCCUUUCCCCCCCAAACCCGACAUGUUCCAUAUUUGUGAUACUCGUAGGACUCCGAUAUUCGCCUUGAAUGUAGACGGCCACUCAAAUACUACCAUCAAGGUGUCUGCCUAGGUAGGCACUGCCGUAAGACAAUCAAGAAACCCUCGUAGCAAGA